AUGACUGUGCAGGACCGGACUGGGCAGGAGAGGACUACGCAGGAGGUGGCUGGGCAAAAGAGGGCUGGGCAGAAUAGGGAUGGGCACCAGAGGACUGGGAAAAAGAAGACUGGGCAGGAGAGGACUGGGCAGGAGACGACUGGGCAGGAGAGGACUGGGAAGGAGAGGACUGGGCAGGAAAGGACUGGGCAGGAGGGGACUGGGCAGCAGAGGACUGGGCAGCUGAGGACUGGGCAGGAUAGGGCUGGGCAGGAGAGGACUGGGCUAGAGAGGACUGGGCAGGAGAGAGCGGACUGGAAAGGAGAGGACUGUGGAGGAGAGUACUGGGCAGGAGAAGACGGGGCAGCAGAAAUCUGGGUAGCGGAGGAGUGGGCAUUAGAGGAUUGUGCAGGAGAGGAGUGGGCAACAGAGGACUGUGCAGGAGAGGGCUGGGCAGGAGAGGACUGGGCACGGGGAACUAAGCAGGAGUGGAUUGGGCAGCAGAAGACUGGGCAGCAGAGGACUGGCAGUUGA